AUGGAGAAGAUCCCACCCGAGCUACUGAUUGAGAUCUUCAAUCACCUGUGCGGCAGCGCACAAUCUUUACGGGUCAACCGACAAUGGUUCCAGCAUCUGAUGCCUAUCAUAUGGAAAGCUGUGGACGACCGUCAUCUCUCGAACGUGACGCGAGGCCGCCGCCAAAUGUACGCCUCUGCUAUCAAGUCGCUAAGACUGACGUACCGUGGUCCGCGCAUACACGAAAAGCUUGGGCGCCUCGAAUUUCCUCGCCUGAACACACUGAUAUCGGACCAAGGUUUGCUGGAUCGCCUGGCGAACCAAUGCCGCCAGCUCAGCCGUAUCGAACUAAGUAGGCUGGCACCGGGCGUCACAACCGAGCCCAUUUUGCACCUACUCGACAAGUGUUCGUCCCUGGAGCGUAUCAGCCUCCAUGGCGACGUGCUAUCGGACCAGGUAAUCCGUCGACUAGCACAGCUUCGGAAACUGCGCAAGCUCAAAGUUGGUCAUUAUAUUGAGCACGAUACGAUCGAUGCCGCCAACCUGGAAUCAAUACCCCAGCCGUUUCCUUCGAUAGAGAAAUUGACCAUUGAAGGUUCGGAAUUGUCAUUACUCUCACUCGGCAAAAUCGCUACAUUAGUGCGGAAGACCAAAAAGCUUGACGCGAGCCUGGGCUAUGAUCCUAACCCUGCACUAAACCAACAUCCUCUUGUCCCAUUGACCGAGCUGCGUGAGUUGAAGAUCAGAGCGCAAAUGACUGAUUCGCUGUCGCCCCAUGACUUUGUAACGCUGACGGCGCUACCACAACUUGAAGUAUUGAUCAUCUGGGCCGAGCCAUUCCAUCGGAGUACGCCGAGCUGGGAUGAUCACAUUCGAUAUUUGGCAUCAGGGCUGCCCAAUCUCAAAGUGUUUAGUCUAAUCUGCGGAGCCAUCGGUACCACCGCGAAGAGCUUGAUAGCCCUUGGUGAGUGCUGCCAGUCCCUUGAAAAAUGCAAAAUUCCAGCGAUGGAGUUCAAUAUCUUGGACCUCCAAUUACUUCAAGCGCCGCUAUUCCCGAAGUUGAAGGAGUUGACGACCGGUACUUUCGUUCCCGAGCGUGGCUUAAACGAGGUGCCUGAAAAACAUGCCAUGAUAUUUGCAUCGCAGUUUCCAGAACUAUCCUGCAUCGGAUACUAUGACGUGAAAUCUGACCCAGACAGAUGUGAUUUUACCGCGUCUGUGCAUGAAGCAUGGAGCAACAAUCGGACGGCAGAAGGCAAACCACCCCUCAGAGAAAUGAACUACUUGUUGGACAUGUCAUUUGACGAGAGGGCUUACCUGCAAUGGUGA